AAGAUCAUGUUCUUUGUUCAGCUGGAGGCUCUGAGCCAGGAUUGCCAACCCAGGCAGGAUUUCGUGUGUUGGGAGACUCCCACCUGGUGUGGUGGCAGCAGUUUGUGUGUCAGCGUUGCCAUGCAGGAAUUUUAAACACGGAAUCCCACGGACAGCGAUGUCUCCUCGCUGCUUCUCUCAGGCUCCUGGUUACCAAUCACCUGACAAAAAUACCGUGCAGAAGUAGUUGUGCGACGCGUGCUCGGCCGUCACUCCGGUUAUUCCACAGCAACUUUGCAGCGGGCGAGUUGAGAAAUAGGAGCUGCUUUCCAGCGGGAGCUCCUUAGGAUAAGAAGAUGGCCUAUCACAAAGUGAACGCAGACCAGAGGGCACAGGGRCACUCUCCAUACCUCGACAACGAUGAGCUCCAGGCCACGGCGCUGGACCUGGAAUGGGACAUGGAGAAGGAGCUGGAGGAGCCCGGUUUUGAUCAUUUCCGACUGGAUGGCCCAGCCCAGCACCACCUGGGCAACUCCCAGAGCCCUGAGCUCGACCUGGAGCCCAUCCAGCCUUCCUCUUCCCCAAAAGGAAGAUUCCAGAGGCUGCAGGAAGACCCUGACUACAUCUCCCACUACACCAGACAGGCGCCAAAGAGCAACCGCUGCAGCGUUUUUCGGAUACUSAAAGUGUUUUGCACUGCUUUGAUUUUAUUUAUUUUUGGAACUGUGAUAGGAUAUUAUGCACGCAAGAAAUGCCCUUCUCCCCCGACAUCUCAAGAACCAAAUAAUUCUCAUAUCUACCGUGACAUUCUCAAGGAAAUCAAGGCUGAAAAUAUUCAACAGAUUUACAGAGAUUUGUUGCAGUUCCCCAGAGAAGAUGAUGCYGACAUUGCAAUGAAAAUCCUGGGUCAGUGGCGUUCCCAAGGCCUGGAAGAUGUCCACCUGGUGAAUUUCUCCGUUCUGCUUGACCUGCCAGGCCCUUCUGCAAACACAGUAACUCURCAGGACAGCGGGGAAUGCUUUUAUCCCAGUGGACAGCAGUGCAGCAGAGACCCCAAAACAAUUCCCAGCCAAGACCUCCUGCACUCGUACGCGGCUUAUUCUGCMAAAGGAACUCUUGAGGCAGAGCUCGUUGAUGUCCAGUAUGGCACCGUGGAGGAUCUGAUCCGCGUUCGAGCCGUGACAAACGUGACCAAAAAAAUUGCACUUUUGAAGCUCGGACAAUCCCCUUUGCUUUAUAAGCUUUCUCUGCUGGAAGAUGCAGGGUUUGGUGGUGUUCUGCUUUACGUUGAUCCCUGUGACCUACCAAAGGCUGCAGAUUUGGCUGAUAAAGCCUUUAUGGUCUCCUUGAACAGYGGAGGAGAUCCAUCCACGCCUGGUUAUGCCAGCAUUGAUGGAAGCUACAGGCAAAACCGACUGAACCUCACGACACUGUUGGUACAACCAAUUUCUGCAGUUCUUGCCAGAAAACUCRUUUCCCUACCUGAGGACACUGCCCAAAAAGACAGAUGUACACCCCUCCAGCUGCCAGCUGCAGGCAGAAAAAAAAUCAAUCUGACCAUUCAGUCUGUCACAACUUACAAGACAAUUUCUAAYGUCAUUGGAUAUUUAAAAGGAGCUGUAUUUCCUGACAGAUACGUCAUCGUUGGCAGCCAUCACAGCAGUUUGAGGGGUUAUGGUGGGCAGGGAUGGGCCAGCAGCUCUGCUGUCAUCACAGCCCUGCUCCAAGCCCUGAUGCCAAAGGUGAAGAGGGGCUGGAGACCUGACAGGACCCUGCUCUUCUGCUCCUGGGGAGGAACAGCCUUUGGGAACAUCGGCUCCUACGAGUGGGCUGAGGAUCUCAGGAGUGUUCUUCACAGAAAUGUUGUGGCUUACAUUGGCCUCCAUAACCCGGUCAGAGGAAACUCAACUUUACACCCCGUUGCAUCCCCUUCUCUUCAGCAGCUGGCAGCAGAGAGCCAGAGCUUCAACUGUGUGGAGAAGUCUAGAUGUCCAGGAUCCAAUGUGAGUUCUGUGCAGAUGCAGGGAGAUUCAGACUAUUUCAUCAACCACCUCGGAGUUCCUGCCACGCAGUUUUCCUAUGAGGACACCAAAGCUUCAGAGAAUUCCAGCUUUCUCUCUGAAGCUCUUUUUCCUGCACAUGCAACAAAAACAGAAGAGCUGGAUCCCUCCUUCAUCCUGCACGAGACCAUUGCMAAGCUAACAGGACAAGUGACUUUGCAAAUUGCCACUGAUCCAGUUUUGCCGUUUAAUGCCCUCGACAUCGCRUUAGAAGUUCAGAACAAUCUGAAAGGUGAUGGAGCAGGCUUUCCUCAGCUGCUGGAGGUGGCAUCACGGCUGAGGGACACGGCGGAGCUGUUCCAGUCGGAYGAGAUGCGCCCGGCCAACGACCCCAAGGAGCGAGCCCCUGUCAGGGUCAGGAUGCUCAAUGAUGUGCUGCAGAGCCUGGAGAAAAGCUUCCUGCUGCACCGAGCUCCUCCCGGGCUCUACAGAAAUAUCCUUUACAGACUGGAUGACAGGACCAGCCAGUUCUCAGUGCUGCUGGAGGCGCUGGAGCACUGCAAACUGCAUCAGUCAAAUGAGACCGUUCAAGCAGCCUUGUCAGAGGUGCUCAACAGCAUCAGUUCAGCUCAGGUUUACUUCAAAGCAGGACUCGAUGUGUUUGAGACCACCUUAGCUGGAAAGAAGUGAGAGGAUUCUCUGCAUUCCGAGACGUUUGUUUACAGCUCGCUAAACAAAAAUUCAGCUUGGACCAGAAUUGCUCUGAAGAUCAAACUUUUCUCAGCCUUUCCUUCAGCUGGCGCUCAAAGGUACUGCAUCACGUGGUUUAUGAAAUGUAAAACAGUAUUUUGCACUGUUCACAGGAUAUCUCAAAUGUYUGUUCCUGAAUGUAUAAAACAUAAAGAGAGGGAAUAACAAUUCAGAGAUGAUUUUUGGAAGGACAUCUGCUGUAUUUUUGUAUGUAAAACAUGUUUUUGUUACUAAGAGCUCAAUCGUGAAGCACCGAGCACAUCCUGCAUUGUGCAGAAGACCUGGCUGAGACACCCCAGAUKUGCAGCCAGGGCAGAUUUCCAUUUCCUCUGUCAGAAAAAUCUGACUCAAGUUUAUUAAGGUCUUCAGCAGGCUCAUCUUCUUCCUUACUCCAUGCAGAGUAAACAGUUGAAGUGGCAUUUCUGUGAAUACCCAGCAGCGGAGUGGAAAUGCACAGAACACCUCGACGGGUUCAAUCCAACACCUUUACUCCUGUGGAACAAUAAAUACCUCAAUUCUGAGAAUACAGAUGAACUUUGAUUAUUCCAUUUCUGUAUGAAAAUAAAGAGUUGCUUUCUCUAAUGUUUCUUGGAGAGGAAAUUAUUGUGACGAUUUCAGAUUAUUUGAAACGUGUGAAUCGAUAGCUACACUUGCACAAAAAUGCUUUGAAUAUUUAUGUUAAAUAAAAGAACUGCCUAGUCUGAUAAGGCUGYAGGCCUUAGAAACUUUCACCAAAUGUUACCAAAACAUCCCACCUCAAGGUCUCUAAAUUUCCAGAGAGCUGUAAAUAAAAACUAGACCUCCAAGUCCUGGGAACAGUUUUGGGAUUCCAUCACUCUUUGCCACACCACCCACUAUUCCAGGCUGGAUUSUUCCAUCAGGCCUGGCAUAUAGGACCUGGAUUGUUAUCAAAAAAGCACAAGGAAAACAUAAAUUCCUGUAGAAGCAGGAAUUCAAGUGUGGAGGCACAAGCUGGUGAAGCAUAUUGAAGGGCUAAAACUCAAAUCUGUUUUUCCAUUGGUAGGAGCCCUUGGUAGGCUCUAAUCACACCACUGACUGUUGGCCAAAGUAAUCUGUGAGUGAAAGGAUCAGGAGGUUCAGUGAGGGGAUGCUACACACAUUUGAGAACUGCAGGWGAUAAUAAUAUAAACAGUUGAAAUUUUUAAGCCCUGUCUGGGUUUUACAGUCUCAAAUGAUUCAAGGUUUWGAGCUUAAAUAAUUAUUUUUAUAGAUAUACUUGGAAUUUAAAUGUAAUUUAUUUGAUGGAAAUGUCRAAUGUAUUGUUACCCAGUUUGCCAUGGAAACAUUACAGGAACAUYUCAGGUUGCAAUAAAAAUGGGAAAAGUGUCUGUAUUAAUGUUUAAAAAUUGCCUUCAAGAAAAUGUCUGAGUUCACAGUUUGAAKAGCUUUUCGAAGUUCGCAGAGCAUGAAAUGAGCUGUUUACAGGUCUGGGUUUCUGUGUCCAAAGUCCUUGGCAAAGGGGCCUGUCUGAGCAGUGGCCCAGGAGUGGUACUGCAGCUCUGCUAUUGCCACAUUUCUUUGCAAAUUAUGAUUCUGCAGUGAGAAUGUGUUCAGCAGCAGUCAGUGGCACUGCAUGGACUCAGACUUUGUUAUCUCCUGUCUUUCCUUGGGAGAAAAGAAUUAUGAUGAUUCUUUUGUUAAUGCUGGCACCAGCUCUGUUUGCUSCAGAGAGAAUUUGACUUCUGGAGAGGAACAUUGUAUAUGAUGUUGGUUCAUCCCCUUAUCUGUGUAUUUUUUAUUGUUUUAUGAUAUAAGUAUUUGGAAUAUCCACAUUGGAGUUGUAUUUGUUUGGGGGAUUUGGGGAUGUACUGUGCAUGCURCAUUUGARGUGUGUUUGUAACACAGACCACUCUUCUAACACUUCAUGUUUUCSUGAGAGUGCUGGAUCACUGUGGAGMCUUCAAAGGUAUGAAAUGAUGAAGGGUCAGGUGCCAUUAGGAGACCAAAAA